AUGUCCAACAAGGCGCCCACGGACGACGAGGUCGCCGCCAGAGUCAGGGCGGCCGUCGCAGGCGAUUUUCAGCCUGAGUGCGUCAAUGGCUUGCCCAUGAGGCCCGAUGAGGGGUCGAUUGACCUGGGAUCGUUUGACGAUCGGUCGUCAAGGCCUCCGGUAAAGGAGGACGACAUCGAUCGCGACAGGAGACGUGAGUCCGCGGAGAAGCAGAAGUCCGCAAAGGACUUAGAAAAGAAGAAGGAAAAGAAAAAGAAUCUUGAGCGACAAGUGCUGGAGACGCGUCGGGCAAAAUCCAGGCAGAGGGUGGAACCCGAGGAGGAUUCCCCCGACGAGGGCGACGACAACGAGGGCGAUGAUGGUAGCGACGAUUCUGAGGGGAUGGUGGCUCGUCUCGACAAGAUCCUCGAGGACCCUCCGCAGGCCGACGUUGACAUUCCUUGGAUGGGAGCCCCUAAGAGGGCACCGGACGGACAUCAGAGGGAGCCCUCACCGAGUCGUUCUCGCGCCGACACCCCUCCACUACCUGCGCCGGGUCGGGCCAUUUCACGCCCCCAACCUCCUCCCGCGCCUGGGGCAGGCCACCGGGUCAAGACUAUGGCGACGGGGCCACUGACUCGUGGCCGCACCGCGGCUUCGAGUCAGGGGGAUGUAGGUCAUGGGGGCUCUGGCCCCAAUGCUCGUCGAUCGGGAGACGUCGAGCCAAAGCCCGCACCUGCCCACAAAAGGCCUGGGGUCUCGACGCGGGGCGGCUCGAGACUGAAGCGGCUGUUGGAGCAGGCCCAGCCCUUGAUGGCCAAGAAGCUGAAGGUGGGGGCAGCUCCCAAAGGCUCGGGGGGGCCAGCCUCCAUCUCGACCGAGCCCGGGCGGGAGGACGGCGUCGUGGCUAUCACGUGCGCGAUGCGCACACCUGUGGACCCUCAAUCUGAGAUCAAGGGCUCCCUCUAUGGCAUGGACGGGCUUGCCCUGGGGUUCCUUCGAGACUGGCGGCCGUGGGAGGAACCCAUCACCGAGGAGGGAGGCAAGGCUAGCACUUCCGGUGGCGGCGACGCCAACGAGAUCGGGACAUUGGGUCGGUCGAUGACGACGGGCGGUUCCCUUCUCUCGUCGACAUUUUUCUGCGCCACGGAGGCCCGCUUGAGACCAUUCAAGAGCUAA